UAUUUAAAGAUUUAGGGCACCCCAGCACGGUGUGAUCUCACAAUGUGGCUUAUUGUCAUCAGCAAUCAUUGUAAACAUACAUGAUUUCUGCUGAUAUUGUUGGGAUCAGUGGCAUUGAAAAUUGCUAGGUCAUCAACAAAAAGUGAGCAAUCAAAUGGAAAUAUAUAUGUAAAGGUAAAAAAAACUUACGAGUCACGCACAGUUAUAUGAUUAUGACGAAAUAACCGUCUUCAAGUAUUGACAAAAUCAGUCAUUUUCUUUUUUAAUCCAGGACAUGUCACUUUUAAAUAUGAUGGUUUGACUUGAGGAAUCCAGAAGACAAUAAGAUGCAAUUUCCUAUAACUUCUACAACAGACUUUAAUCUACUGAAGUGUAAUACAUAUGUUUCCAUUUUGCACAAAAUAGUAUUUGAUGAUUUGACUGAGUUGCUCAGGGAACUGUUACAACACUCCAUUGCUGAUUCUCAGGUAGAAGAUUAUUACAAGGCAGUUAGGGGACAGUUUCCAAGUCGGUUUAUACAGAGAGAAGAAGAACUCAUUAUUAAUGCUGUAGGAACUGGAUACAAAUGUUUCGAUAUUACAAUCAUAACAAAACUCCUUCGACAUUUACCUGAAAAAAUCCAUUUUGAAACACAUUUGUCAUCACUAGCCAGAGUAAGAAAUGAAAUUUGUCAUUUACCAAACACAGAUAUUACUCAACCACAGUUUGAGACCUAUUUUGAUGAGUGCUGUGACAUAGCCUCCGCCUUGGAGGACUAUCUAAAGAAACCAAAGUUAUUGGUACAGAAAUUCCAGAUCAUAUACGAAGUUAACAUACGUUCCAAAGAAGGUAGGACUGACUUGCAAAUAGAGGCAUUAAAUCACUCAUUGAUCGAACUGAAUACUGAAUUUCAGGUAGAGGAAAUAUGUUAUUCAGACUUGGAAGAAAGACUUUAUAUCUUGGAGGAACAGAUUAGUCAGAUAGAUAGACAAACAGAUGAAAGACACAGACAAGUGGUUUAUUUGAAGACAGUUGUACAGCAAGUGCAUGAAAAAUUUGAUCCACCUGAAGAAGGCUAUUGGAAUCAAAAUGCACAAGAAGGACUAUAUAUCGAGCCUGAUUCUCUAAAACACAGAGAGACAGAACCACCUGAUAAGGCUAGACAAGGUUCUUUUUUGGACAUAACAGCAGAAGUAACAACAGUUGAAAAAGAAAGUUGUGAAAGACAUGAAAAUAUACAGCAUUGUAUUCCAUUUACUAGACCAACGCCAUAUCUUGAGUCCUUAAAUGCAUGUGGAGACCAUGGUUAUAGAACAAGUACUAAUAGAAAUCCAACUGCCAUAGGAACAUGUAGGGAUCAUUCAGCAGCUUUUCCAACUAUAAAACCUGUGUUUUGUGAUAAAAGAAGUUCAAAUGAAAUUGAUGGGUCGGUGGUUCAUCUAAAAGAUGGAACUACUCAUAGAUUUGGAUUGGGUCAGUCAAGUUCCUCCCACGUGGAAAUUGUUGAAAAUAAAAGAGUCUUACAAAGCUCUAGUACGUCGGUUGAUACGAUUAUUCAACUUUCAGAUGAAGAGUUCGGGGCUUGUCGAAGUCAGAGUCAGGAUGAUAAGCUACCAAAGACACACAAAGAAGAAUACUAUGCGAUUCAAACUUCAAAUGGAAAACAGAUACAAGUAGGAGAUUCUUUAGCAAAAACAGAUCUGCUUUCCGGAUAUCCACUUCCUUCUCAGGGCAACGUUUCUAGCUCGAAUGGUAUUGAUAUUCAUCAAAAUUAUAAAAAACAAUCAUCCAGACCACACUUGUUGACAAAACUAUUAUCUUUGUUACCAUCCAAACCAAAGCAACUGUGUGACUUCGUAUUUUCAUCUAAGAGAAACAGGAAAAGAAUGAAGAGAAGAAAGAGAAAAGACAGUUUGGAUGAUCUUGGUGUAGAGUGGAGACUGGGUGACAAAAAACUGAAUAAGGAAUUUAAAAAUGACAUGAAUCAAGAUCUUAAGAGCUACUGUGGAACUGCAGUUGUCCUCCAUUCCAACGACGACAAUGAAAAUGCUGCACAUUUUCAAAGAGAACUGAAUAUAGGAGUUCCAAACAUGAAAAUAGAAUUUCAAGCUGAAGUGUGUUUACCAGGACAAUUUCGGUCUAAUGUGAUCCCGUAUUUGGAAAGACAAUAUAUUUUUGUUUUAAUAUCUAAAAAUUACAAAAAGUCAGCAGAUUUUCAGUUCAUAGUCGAAAAAUGUCUCUUGUGUUUAGAAAAGGAUAAAAAAUAUGGACAGUUAAUUCCAGUUUUAAUGACAAAACAAGACAAACUGCCAGAUGAGUUUUUGGCAAAGAAGCCAGUGGCAUUUUUUGAUGAACAUUCAAUGAAAAAGCUUUUCCGGUCAAUUUCAUGUUAGUUUGUUUUUAAAUAAAGGUGUAACCGUUU